UUGGAUAUGUCAGUGUCAAAAGUGACGUUUUUGUUUGAAUCAGGCCGAUCAUAUAGACUGCCUCGCUGCUAUACCCCUAAGACCUACUGGGCCUUAGAGCAAAUCUGCCACUGUACUUUUGGAAUGUUGGCUAGUCAAGAUGUUUGUGUACUCGACUGUACAUGGCAAUGUAUUGAAAACACUGGUAUCAGUAGGGGUAACCUCUGUAACCUUUUCCUUUAUAAAUAUACGCUCGCUGGAAAUCGGGUUCAGUUUCGUCCGGUGAAGCAAACUCGGUCGCCGCCGGUGCGCGAAUACUUUCGACACAAAAAAUCGGGUUCGCGUUUCGACGAUGGAUACCCGAAACAACGUCACUUUAUGUGACUCGCACAAAUUCAAACUCGUUAAACUCAAUGUAGUCAAGUUUGCGUAUAUGCACCUAGCUGCAUUGUAUGGAGCCUAUUUAUGUUUUACAUCCGCAAAAUGGGCGACAAUAAUAUGGGCGUUCUUAUUGCUUGAAGGAGCAAAACUUGGAAUAACGGCUGGAGCACACAGACUUUGGUGUCACAGAGCAUACAAGGCCAAAAUGCCACUGCAGAUUAUCCUCUUGAUUUUAAAUAGCAUCGCGUUUAUGAAUACAGCCAUUUAUUGGGUGAGAGACCAUCGUAUACAUCACAAGUAUACCGACACGGAUGCUGACCCUCACAACUCAAGACGUGGCUUCUUCUUUUCGCAAAUAGGAUGGUUGUUCGUUCGAAAACACCCACAGGUCAUGGAAAAAGGAAAAACAAUUUACAUGGAAGACAUUUACAGUAACAAACUAUUAGUGUUCCAAAGAAAAUAUGCCAUUAUUGUCAUCGGACUGUGGGCGUAUGUUAUACCAACAGUUGUCCCGAUGUAUUUUUGGAAUGAAAGUUUGAACAACUCUUGGCAUAUUUGUACGAUGCUUCGUCACGUUCUCACCAUCAACCUCAUUUUCCUGGUCAACAGCAUCGGGCAUAAAUGGGGAAAUCGACCAUUUGAUAAGAGUAUUAGACCUGUCGAGAAUGUUGCUGUUUCAAUUUUGUCUACGGGAGAGUGUUUCCACAACUACCACCACGUGUUUCCCUUUGACUACAAAGCGUCGGAACUCGGAGACACCAUGUUUAAUGCUGCUACCAUAUUCAUCAAUUUCUUUGCCUGGCUUGGUUGGGCUUAUGACUUGAAAAUAAUUCCGGAUAAGAUGAUUAUUGCGAGAUCGCAAAGAACUGGCGAUGGGAAGAACCUAUGGGGAUGGGGAGAUAAAGACCAAACCGAAGAAGAAACCAAGAAUGUAGAACUGUUAUAUUGUAAAAAUUAGAUAUUGCCAGGUACCAGAUAUUCAACUAAAUUUUAAUUUUGCUAAAAUGCUCUUUUCCACAAACUAUGGGGUCGAAAAAACCAAUUUAGUUAUCCUUCAUCGUUUCUCGAACUUUUUUAACUCUAUAAGGUAACCUUAUUACUUAUAGCUAAAACGAUUUUACCAAAAUUAAUAAAAUAAGGACUCGAUUCAGUAUGUAUAUAUUUACAGGUGAUAUGCCAAACUUUAGAGAAAGAGAGUUUUUUUUAGUUCACUAAAAAUGAGCCUAAAAACAAACGUUAUUAGAUUUUCUUAAAAUUAAGCAUAUUUAUAGCAGGAUCGCUAGAGGUUUAUAUUAUUAUGUAUGUGAAUGUUCAAUUUGUUUCUAAAUGCAGACUUACAGGUUUUCAUAUUAAGAAUAUUUGUUUGUUUUUUUUUUUCUUAUUUGACAAAUCUUUAUUUAUCUUUGUUUGUUCAUUAGGUAUACCUCCUGAACAAACAGAGAUAAAUAAAGUGCUCUCUGUUACAUACAUUACGCUAGGUCCUUUGGGCGUAACCCGUUCUAUUUUUACAAAGUUCUUGUUAGUAUUUCUUAAACACUGUUUGAAUUUUCGUUGUGUGAAACAAACGUCUGAAUGUAUUUUACUUCUUAAGAUCUUUCUUACGAAAAUGCAUGUUGAGUAGAUGUAACUUAAAUUCACACACUCGUCUAACUUAAAUUGAAAAGUUGUACUUUAUUGCAUAGAAAUUGAGUGUUCAUUUUAUAGUCAUAUGUAAAUAGUGGCUUAAUGGAAUUAUUUUGAGAUAUUUGUUAUUUUUGUAGAUUGGUUUUCGCAACAUCCAUUUCUCGAUUAAAUAAUAUAUGUAUAUGUAUAGGUAAAGAACGGACGCUUUCCAUAUAGAUGUUCGUGCAUUAACCCGCAUGUUGCUAACUACAUUGCUUGAUAGAUAUAUUGCUGUCCCGCCCAUAAUGCUAAUUGUCAAUGUCUUUGUGCGUACUUGAAAGUAAUAUAAUUAUGCGCAUGCAAUAGAGAAAGCAACAGAAGGGGCUAUGUACGGAAAUCUAUAUGGAAAGCGUCUCUGCUUUAGAAGUUGACAUACGAUGCAAUAUACAAAAGAACGACUCAUUUCGUUGAACCCAGACAUCGAAACCCUAAAACGGUUGAAACCUAUCUUUUGACGAUCAAUACCUAUAGCUAUGUAAAUUAAUUUUAGAAACAAAGACAACAAUGAAUUUAUUUGCAUUUGGACGUUUAAUAUAUUUAGGUUAAUGAAAAUCUAGCUUGCCACAGUACUUAUAUAAAUAUUUAUUUAGCUCUGUGACAGAUAUGGCUAAUUUCCAUUGUUUAGAUAUUGUAUUCAAAAUCGUUUUGUAUAGGGUGCAAUAGGUUCAAUUAGCUAAGUUUUUGAAUAAUCGUUUAGAUUCAUUGACAUAUAUCUAAAGACAGGCCUUACGGGCACUAAGAAUGGUGCUAGUUCAGUUUCGAAUUCGAGCCAAUCGUGCAGUCUAACGGAACUAGUUGCGACCAAUCGCGCGCGUGAUGCGAUCUUAACAACCAAUCGCGUUGUGGCGUUAGACUUAGAUAUAUGUCCAUGUUUACAUUACAAUACGGUCGUUAAAAAAAUAAUAUAAUACCUAAGCAAUCUUGAGGCCUUACUGCAUUACUAAAUUUCAUCGAUUCGAAACCCGAUUUUUUUGACUUCGCUCGAUUGAAAAAAAACACGAACAAAGGUCUAAAAUUCACUUUUAAAAAAUGCACAAAAGAUAAAAAUACGAAAAUGGCUUCUAAAACUGUGCAAUUUUAUUUUUAUUUCAACUUGUCCUAUCCUUUUUUUAAACUUAAAAAAAAUUAUAUUCGCGUUCCGCAGCCAUCUAUCUUUUUCACGCUUAUUAUAAUAUAAUUAUUUGUAAUAUUACAUACAAGCAAAACAUUUUAUAUUAGUUUUGUAUUUUAUAUUUUAGCAUAAGAUUUUUUCAUCAGAUGUAAAAAAAAAGUUAAAAUGUGUUAAUAUCUAGAGAGGAAAAUGAGGACUACGUUUGUAUGAAAAAGCGGUCAUCCCCUUUCCUCUUAACAUUCUAACUUGCCUUUAAAAAUGUUGUAGUUGUUAAGAAGGUUCCUUACUAAUUAUCUAUCUGGGGAUCUUGAUCUUUACUCUUUUCGAAAAUUUUGUAUGUAUUAUAUCUUAUUAAUUAACUUACUUUAAAAAGUCAUCUAAUAUAUUCCAAUACUAAUUGUAUUUCAGUAUAAAUUUUGUUACUGUUAAUGGUAGGGGAGCCCAAGAAGGUAUUUUUUGUAGUUACUCGUGCGUGUCAGAUUGAGAUAUGAGUGAUAUUUGGCUACCUUAUUUGGUUUCGAAAAUCGUUAAGUAUAUUGUGGAUUUGGUCAUUUUGGUCCAAGUUAAUGGUAUAAUACGUGCUUAUUACUUAAUCUGACAAUUAUUUGUACGCAUUUACUUACUGAAAUAAAAAACCUUAUAUAACCUUUUAUUCUUCCUAUCAUCUGAUCCAAUAAGUCUCUACGACGCUUGAGUAACAAACAAUUUAGCAUACGCCGGCUACCAUAAGAAAGUUCUCUACCAAAUUAUCCACGUAACAAUUUUCUAUUUAUUAUUACAAAACAACUUUUAAAAAAAAAUUAAGUUAGAAUUAAUGUAAAAACAUUCAAUUAUAAUUGUAUUUAAUAUAAAAUAAAAAAAACACUUUUCAUUUAAUUAAUGUUUCAUUAAAGCUCUAUGAUAUAAUUAUUCAA